GUUUGAGAAAUAUUCUCAAAAAUAAUUCGGAUGUUAAUGUUAUAUUAUAAUUCUUUCGUCUGCAGCUAUUCUUUAUUUUUUGGAAUUUGACGCAGAAUGACGCGCGAACUUUUCCUGUUGCAAAAUGCGCGGCCGUCGCGUCGGACAUCUCGCGCAGUCGCGGUUGUAUUGCGCAUUGCGCAUUUACCAGCGAGCAGCAAGUCAGCACGUUGCGGCAUCAUUUACAUUUGCCCGGCGAUGCAAAGUGGUACACUUGUUCCACCUGCAAGCUGUGCUACGCCGCUCGAGCAAAAACGGGGAAGAGGCUACCCAUUCCGCCAAGGUUGCCGUGAUCAGCUCGGAGGAACUUUUUCUCAGCGCCGGGUCUUGUUCCUGCAGCAACGCGGGAGCCACGACGCGGCACAAGAUCGUGCAUGUAGCAAAACGUUCCCGCUCGGUGACGGCUUCGUUCUCCAGGAUAGAAUGAAAGAAAAAAGCCGGCUCCCGUAUGCUACGCGUGCAGGAGAAGAGGGUCGCGCAGAGCCGUUCCCUUUUGCUUUUGGGGCCGCCCCCCGUCGUCUGGGAUUCAGCUGCAAACAGAUGCGCAAGGCGCGCUAUCCGUUCCAAAGUGCGGGGCGUUCAAAUCAUCUCCUCGGCUACAUCAAGAGGAGAGGAAAACGGAGGCGCGUCCCGCCACGACAGCUGCGACGUCGGGGCCGCCCCGCGCUCACCGCGGGGCUUGCCCUUUGUCUAUAUAAAUUACGGGCCCCCCGCAUGUCUGCGGUGCGGGCCCAACACUUUCGGCGCCUGCCCUUUUUGGGCGCGCCCCUAGCGCCAGGGCCGCCCCGCACCGAUUGCGGGGCCUGCCCAUUGUGCAUCUCCUUGCCGCCCGGAGAUUAA